AUGCACGAGAUUUCUCGUCUUCGUCCUUCCGAGCACACGCUUCCGUUGCAGCGGCGGCCGCCCCGCCUGCGCCGCAACAGCGGCUCGGGUGCGACCGCCCCCACGUCGGCGUCGGCGUCGGCGGCGGGCACGCCCACGGCGGCCGCCGACGUCUACAACGAGGACUACAACUACGCCUACCGCAGCAGCACCGACCAGGACAGCGUGGACGAGCGCUACUACAGCCUGGAAGCGGACGUGCCCCCAGCCUCCAAGGCGCGCGGCCUGCAGCGCAACCAGGCCGACUCGCUGGAGUCGCGGGAGGACGAGCUGCGCGACUCGUUCGAGACGGCCGCGUCGUCGACCAGCUCGAGCCAGGCGCAGCGCUCGCGCUACCAGGAGUACGGCGCGACCACGACCACGACCGCGACCGCGGCCGCGGCCGCGCCCUCGCCGCGCUACCCGGACUACGCGGGCAGCCCGGCGCAGCGCUACCAGCAGCACGCCUACCCCGAGUACUCGGCCGCCACGACCACGACCUCGACCACGCCGGCCGGCGGCCAGGGCCAGGGCGCGCAGCGCUACGCCGACUACCAGCAGAGCGCGCUGGUGGCGGGCCCGCGCUACGAGGAGUACCCCAGCCCCACGGCCGCGUACGACGAGUACGGCAGCCCCGGCGCCGCGCAGCGCUACCAGGACUACGACGCCAUCACCACUGCGCCGCCGGCCACGACGGCGGCUUCGGCCUUUAGCGCACAGCAGCAGCAGCAGCAGCAGCAGCAACAGCAAUAUGGCAGGAUGUUCAGGGACCAGGGACCGACGCCGGCGCCGCCGCAGCCGCAGCCGCAGCGCGGGCCGCUCCGGCCGCAGGACUCGCUGGACAGCUGCGCCGAGGAGGUCGCGCUCGCCACCUCCUUCCACGGCACGGACUCGCCUCCCAGGUUCGCCGCGGGCUCCGGCCGGGACUCUACGGUGUCUGUGCAGUCGACGAUGGCUGACCGGUUCGCGGGCAGCGGUGGCCGCGACUCUUCCACGUCGGUGGUGCGCGCCGGCGAUCGCUACCCGAGCAGGGGUGGCGCCAGCGACGCCGAGCUGGACCGUUAUCCCGGCAGGGGCGGCGCCAGCGACGCCGAGCUGGACCGUUAUCCCGGCAGGGGUGGCGCCAGCGACGCCGAGCUGGACCGUUAUCCCGGCAGGGGCGGCGCCAGCGACGCCGAGCUGGACCGUUAUCCCGGCAGGGGUGGCGCCAGCGACGCCGAGCUGGACCGUUAUCCCGGCAGGGGCGGCGCCAGCGACGCCGAGCUGGACCGUUAUCCCGGCAGGGGUGGCGCCAGCGACGCCGAGCUGGACCGCUAUCCCGGCAGGGGUGGCGCCAGCGACGCCGAGCUGGACCGUUAUCCCGGCAGGGGCGGCGCCAGCGACGCCGAACUGGACCGUUAUCCCGGUAGGGGCGGCGCCAGCGACGCCGAGCUGGACCGUUAUCCCGGCAGGGGCGGCGCCGGCGACGCCGAGCUGGACCGCUAUCCCGGCAGGGGCGGCGCCAGCGACGCCGAGCUGGACCGGUUCUCGCACUACGACCGCGACUCGCCCGUCGUGCCGGCGCCGCUGUACGCCGUGCCCGUCUCCAAGGAGGUGAGCCGGCCCUCUCUACCCAUCUACCCAGCUCACAACUCCUCUCCCUAA